AUGCUCUUCACCGACGUCACCGCUACCCCCUUUACCACCGCUCCCUCCUUCACCGCCGCCGCCGCUUCCUUCUCCUUCGCCGCCACCGGUAUCCUCUCCACCGCCCCGCCGGUCGCUACCCUCUUCGCUGGCGCUGAUACCCCCUUCGAUACCCUCUCAUCUGAUACCCCCUGCGGUACCCUCUCAUCUGAUACCUCCUUCGGUACCCUCUCAUCUGAUACCCCCUUCGAUACCCUCUCAUCUGAUACCCCCUUCGAUACCCUCUCAUCUGAUACCCCCUUCGAUACCCUCUCUUCUGAUACCCCCUUCGGUACCCUCUCAUCUGAUACCCCCUUCGAUACCCUCUCAUCUGAUACCCCCUUCGAUACCCUCUCACCUGAUACCCCCUUCGAUACCCUCUCUUCUGAUACCCCCUUCGGUACCCUCUCAUCUGAUACCCCCUUCGAUACCCUCUCAUCUGAUACCCCCUUCGAUACCCUCUCACCUGAUACCCCCUUCGAUACCCUCUCUUCUGAUACCCCCUUCGAUACCCUCUCAUCUGAUACCCCCUUCGAUACCCUCUCAUCUGAUACCUCCUUCGGUACCCUCUCAUCUGAUACCCCCUUCGAUACCCUCUCAUCUGAUACCCCCUUCGAUACCCUCUCUUCUGAUACCCCCUUCGAUACCCUCUUUACCGCCGGAAACGCGUUAACUUCUCCGUCGCUACCACUUACUCCUCCACCGUCGCCACUUCCCGCUUCACCGCUUCUACCCUUUCUAUCGCCGCCGCUGCCCCCUUCACCACUUCCGCCGCCGCUGCCCUUUCUACACUGA